ACAGAUAGUCAAGGGAAGGGAAAGAGAGCAGAUAUGGCAUGUGCAUGUGUCAGCAGCGGCCUACUAUGUUAAGGUUAAUUUGGCCGUCAAAUCCGACCGACCAUGGCUGGGCAGAUGGCUCUCGGUUCCCAGUUCCGACCGGACCCCAGCUAGCCAUUCAAGUUGGAAGUGUGACUCACUGAACGCGUUGACCAGCGGUCCCAUGGGUCCACUUGCCAGACUCCACGAGGAACGGUCGGCGACGAUGACUGGCGUGUGGGAACUGGCAGAGAGAAAGAGCAAAGUGCUGGUAGCUGCAGUUGGUGCUCAUCACGCGCCUUGCCGUUUGGUGUGGACUCAUUUCCUGCUCUGCACCGCAUGCUUAAAUCAAUCUCUGGCUGUUGACUACUAGCUAGUACUCCACACUCCAGUAGUUAGCCAGAAGCUCCAUCCAAGUGGUUUCGUUUUCUUUCAUCCAUGGCCCAUGGCAUCUGGAUUUGGGCAUUGACAAUGGUCACCGACAGAAACACCGCGCCUGCAUCCAUGCAUCACAUGUUCAUAUGUCGACUCGUCACCAAAAGUCUCCUUGGAUCCAUAAAAAAGGUCAAAGCAGACACGGGGAAACACCAACGCCAACGACCAGUCUCCAUCACACACGGCACCACCAUGCUAGCUGCACAUUCCUUGUCCAGCACUCGUCAACGGAACCAUAUAUACUCUCGCUGCAGGCUGCUAGUCUUCUUCUUCUACAACAGCUGACUGAUCGAUCGCAUUCACUGAUUGAUUCCAUGGCCAUGGGAAUAGGAGCACAAGCUGCCGCGGCUGACCCGUUCCCGGGCGGCAACAGCAGCAGCUUCGUCAUCCUCUCCGUCUCCGUCGCCGGCAUCCUCGCCAUCUCCCUCCUCCUCCUCACAUACUACCUCUUCCUCACCAGAUGCGCCUCAUGGCGCCACAACCAGCUCGACGACGUCGCCCACCACCACCGCUACGUCGUCUACUCCCCGAGACUGGAGCAUCGCCGUCGCGGGCUUGAGGAAGCGGCGAUACGCCGGAUACCAACGCUCCGGUACAACCACGAGAAGGCCAAGAAGGCGGCGGUGGCGAGCGAGUGCGCCGUGUGCCUCGGCGAGUUCAGUGAAGGGGAGAGGCUGAGGCGGCUGCCGGCCUGCCUCCACGCCUUCCACAUCGACUGCAUCGACGCCUGGCUCCACGCCACCGCCAACUGCCCCCUCUGCAGGGCCGACGUUGUUGCCGAGCACCGAGUCAUUGACAUCGCCUCGCCGGCAUCGCCAUCGCCGCCGGGAGGAGACACGGCCGAGGUGCCUGCAGCUGCAAGGGUGGCGAUGAGCAUGGGAGACGAGUGCAUUGAUCAUGAGCGGCCUUGGGGCGUGCAGCAGCCGAUGAGGAGGUCGCUGUCCUUGGAUUCUUGCAGUGACAAGCACCUGUACCUUGCCCUGCAGAGUGCUAUGCGCCACCAACACCAACACUCUGCACUUCUUCAAGGGGAAGAAGAAGGCGCCAAAUUUGGGGAGAGCAGCACCGCCGCCGGCAGCCCGGCAGCAGCAGCAUCUGGUGGGAGGAGGUUGCGGCGGUCCUUCUUCUCCUUCAGCCACGGCCGGAGCUCCAGAAGUGCAAUCUUGCCAUUGCCGGUCUGAAAUCAAUUGUUUUACUGACAGUUCAUAGUACAAAUUCCAUUAAUGUUUCAUUAGAUGUAGCAAACUCUGUAAAUUGGCUUCUUCAGAGGACACAAAUGGAUACGGAAUCAAUUUAACAAUCCCAAAGAA